AUGAAACAAGAAAUUUCUUCACUAAGAGCACAGCUAAAAGAACUGGAAGACGAACUAGACCGAGUCAAAGGUGAACAUAAAGUCAAGGAAGCACAGAAUUUACAACAAAUCGACAAGCACAAGCGAAAAUGAGAAGUCAAGCAUAAAGCACUUUUAAAAGACAUCCGCCUGACUCAAGAAACAUAUGAAAGAGAAAAGCACAAGUGGCAGAGCCAAAUGCAAGGUCUUGCAGAUACUUUGGUGGCUAUUAAGCAAGCUUCUCAAAAAGAAGAAGAGUCAGAGAAAAAGUUUUUACAACAAAUUGAUGCAGAGCUGAUUGCAGUUGCUGGCAGAAUUCAAGCAAGGUCAAGAGAUGAGUCGGUUUCUAUUGAAGGAGACACCAUCCAAGAUAGCAUGAGUGAGGAUUCCGCCAUGCCAGAAACUACCAAUAAUCUCGUGAACUCAAUAAUAAAAGCUCGGGAGCUGAUUAAAAUGCUAUUAGAAAGAAAUACAAGACCGCCUAUGUCAAUUCCUCCGUUAACCAAUAUAAACCCUCCUAACAUAGAGCCACUUGAUAUCUCGAAAUCGCUGACAGAAAGCUACAGGGAUUCUUCAAUUUAUAACAAAAUCCUUAUAAAUGAUGAUAUUUUGAACUCUUUGUCAAUGUCAGAAAGAGAAGCUGUUGUAUAUUCACUUAUAAAUGCCGGGGCAGGGAUUGAGGAAAAGAGAGAUGUCAAGCUAGAAGACCUUUUAAAUAUCACAGGGGCUGGAGCUGAAGAAAAAUUUGUAUUGAGUUCAGCAAGGUUGGAAGAUUUGUCUAGCAUUAUUGAAGAAGAAUCUGGUGUUGACUCUGCAAAAAAUCCUAUUGGGCUUACGUUUACAUUGCCAGAAAUCAAAGAAAAUGAUGCUGAAUCUCCAAGAACUUUAAAUAAAGCUGCUCACAUUAAUCUAAGUCCUAUUUCUACACCAAAGUCAGGGAGAUCAGAGCUUAAAAGGUCUCAAAGCUUUGGAUACUCACUCCCCCUUUAAUUGAAAUUAGAUAUCGGUAAAAUUUUUAUUGUUUUGGGUAUAUUAAACCUCCCUUUAAUAUGCAUAAAAUGGCCAGUGACGAGCGACCCGUCCUACCUGUGUUGAAUGCCCUUAUAUAUAUUCGGAACAGUUUUUUGUGCAAGAAGCUAUCCAAGGGUUGGGCUAGCCUUGAAGCGAGAGGCCCGGCAUAUUUCCGCUGAUUAAUGGCUUGGCUCAAGCGGCAUUUUUUGCAUCUUUUGGCCAGCGCCUACGCUCAAGUUGAGUGCUCGAUAGUGGCAGGGAGACUUACCUGCCUAGGCUGCUUUGUGGCCUGUCCCGAAUUGCGUAGACGGUUGAGCUUUCCUUUGGUGAUAAGUCAAGGAAAAAGAGAAGACAGGCUAAGCAAGAUUCUUAAGGGUCACAGUCUCUCCAGUUGAAAAGAGUGCCUUGAAGGGGCGAUCUGGCCUGAGCUAAGUCGGGCUGGGUAAGCUGGCUGCUUGGGUUUGGAAUGGAGGUUUCGGCAAAAUCCAUAUGGCUCGGACUAUGAGGGAAAAUGGCUCUAUGGAGAAGCGGUGUUUCGGUCAGGCUUAGUAAUCUUGGAGCUCCCAACCCACAGCUCAUGCCGUGAAACGCAUGGCACUUAGGACGUUUGGACUAAAAAUAUGCAUCUCUCAUCUAAUCUAAUCUAAUCUAAUCUAAUCUAAUCUAAUCUAAUCUAUAUUAGCCUCUCUUUAAAUUAAACAAAAUUUUUUUAUGCAAUAAUACUAAUUUUUAUAUAAAUGGCUUUGAUUUAGUUUAAUGGAGGAAUGCAAAUAUAAUGUUGUUUAAACAACUUGAGUACUGAAUUGAUUAAUAUUUUAAAUUAAUUCUUCAUAAAAAUAAAUUAAAAUCCAAAAAACAUUUAAAAAUUUUCCACAAAUUUUUAUUGAGAUAUCAAAUUUUUUUGAAAAAAAUUAACUCCUUGAAUUGGAAAGAAUUUUUUGUCGCAUAUUAAAGGGUGAGUCAGAUGUGCCAACACCUUUAAGCGAAAGCAAUGAAAUGAAUAAAGCACAUAUACAAGACGACCUCGAAAGCAAAAACUCAAAAUCAGGAAAUUUAGAAGGCACAGCAGAAUUCGAAAGGCUGAAAAGAGAUUACAGUGGCUUAUUGGAAGAAGACUAG